AUGUUUAGGUUGAUGAAUUCCUCACCUCUUUCUCCUCUUCUCUCUUUGCAGCAUAACGAAAUGUUUCAUCUGUACUCCUCAAUCAGAAGAAUAAAAAUCCCCUUGUUCAGUCUAGUGUCAGUUACUGAGCCGAUCGAUAUUAUGGCUGUUGUUGAGAAUGGUGGGUCGAACAGCCGUGUCGAACCAAACGAUGUUGAUCAGUCAAAACCAUUGAUUUCGAAAUCAAGGUCAAGUGAUCAGCAACAGAGUUCGGAUCAGCAGAAGACGACACCACCUAAUGGAAAUGGUAGUCUGGCAUACAAUAACGGUGUCUCAAACAAUCAUCAUCAGCAUCAGAUGACUACGAAUGGCGUUGAUCAUCAUAAUCAGGAAGACGACGACGACGACGACGACGAAGAAGAAGAAGAAGAAGAAGAAGAGGGUUUUAAAAAAGAAAUGCGUGAUUUAGCUGAAAUGCUAUCAAAAUUGAACCCUAUGGCUGCAGAAUUCGUACCCCCUUCACUCUCCAACAACCAUCCUAGACCCCUUCUAGUCCCACCAUCUCCUACUUCUCACUUUGGUUAUGCCGCCAUCAACAACUUCCUUCUCCAAACCAACACUACACCAGCUUUCACCAACGCCAAUUCCAAUGGAGCUUCUACUAGACGGAAGAAGAGUAACUUUAGUCAUGGGAAACGAAGGAUGAAUAGCCGAACUAGCUUGGCACAAAGAGAAGAUGUCAUUAAAAGGACUGUUUAUGUGUCUGAUAUUGAUCAUCAGGUUACCGAAGAACAACUUGCAGCUCUCUUCAUUGGUUGUGGACAGGUUGUAGAUUGUCGUGUAUGUGGUGAUCCAAAUUCUGUUCUUCGGUUUGCCUUUAUAGAGUUCACAGAUGAGGAAGGUGCAAGGAAUGCAUUGACUUUAGGUGGAACUAUGCUUGGAUAUUAUCCAGUUAGAGUAUUGCCUUCAAAAACUGCAAUUGCACCAGUAAAUCCUACUUUUUUACCUCGGUCUGAAGAUGAAAGAGAAAUGUGUGCAAGAACUAUCUAUUGUACUAACAUUGAUAAGAAGGUCACACAGGCUGAUGUGAAGCUCUUUUUUGAAUCACUUUGUGGCGAGGUGUAUCGCUUAAGGUUGCUUGGUGAUUAUCAUCAUUCAACUCGUAUUGCAUUUGUGGAGUUUGUUAUGGCGGAGAGUGCAAUUGCAGCUCUGAACUGUAGCGGUGCGGUAUUGGGAUCAUUACCAAUAAGGGUGAGCCCAUCAAAGACUCCGGUUAGGCCACGUGCACCUAGAUCUAUGGUGCACUAA